ACCCUGCGGGAGUAGCGGCCAGGGGCUGUCGGCGAUGGCUUCGCGGGGCGCGGAGGCGGCGGUGCGGCAGGUGGCGGAGCUGGAGCAGGAGCUGCGGGGCCUGGCGGAGGAGCUGAGCUGCUGCCAGGCUGAUAAAGAAUUUGUGUGUUCUCUGUGGAAACACCUGCAAGUGUCAAGUCCAGAUCUUAUGCAAGCUGUCAGUUUGGCUGUGGAAAGAGAAAAACAGAAAGCCGAAGUCAAGGACAGAAGAGUUUUAGAGCUUUUAGAAGCCAAAGACAGCAAAAUAGAAACCCUAGAACAGAGACUCACAGGACAACGCCAGGAGAUAAACAACUUAAUGCAGAGAAAAAAUGCUGUGGAGGAGGAAAAUGCCUGUUUGAAGAAUGAAUUCACUACCUUGAACCAGAAAUUUAAAGAUAAAAGCCAAGAACUUAAGGACACUGAGGAGUGUGCACAGAAGAAGGAAGAGCAAAACAGACUGGUUAUAAAAAACCUGGAGGAGGAAAAUAAGGGAUUAAAUACAUGCUGUGCUGACCUGCUAAGUGACCUGGAGAAACUGAGGAAGCAGGAGGCACAAUGGAAGAUGGAAAAAUCUGGCAAUGAUGCCAUAAUAAAGAAUUUGAAAACUGAUUUAGCAGAGGCAAGAGAACAAAUAGAAGAGUUACGCAGUAUAUGUGGUAACUUGUCAUCUCAGGUAGCUGUGAGACAGGAAGAACUCUUCCAAAACGAUUGUGUUGUGAUCAAAGCUAAGAAGGAAUUACAGGAGCUGCAGAACCUUUGUGGACAAAACACUGAAUAUACAGCACAGCAGUCCGAGCUGAUAAAGCAGCUUCAGGCUCUCAAUGCUAAUACCCAAAAAGUAGUGAAAGACCAAGAAGAUGCUCACACAGCUGAAAUAACAUUAUAUCAAAAACUUUAUAACGAGUUGAGUUUAUGUUUUGAAACUGUUAAAACAAGUGAAAUUCAACUGCAGCAAAGCUGUGCCUCUCUUCAGGAUCAGUUACUUGAAAAGGAUAAAAAAAUUUGUCUAUUGCAAGUGCAGCUUCAGGAAGCACAUAACGCUUCAAAUGGAGUACAUCAGAAUUCUUCUCCAAAAUAUCAGGUACAGGAACCACCUGUGAAACGUUCAAGGUCUCUGUCCCCAAAGAGCUCUUUUAGAGAGUCAGAGGAACUAAGGAAGCUUAAAAUAGCUGAAAGGAAGAUUGAAAACUUAGAGAAGACACUACGGCUAAAGACCCAAGAAACUGAUGAGCUAAGAGCAGCCUAUGAAAAACACAAAGAAAGACUGCAGAUGUUACAGACCAACUACAGAGCACUAAAAGAGCAAUUAAAGCAGUGGGAAGAGGGUGAUACCAGGCUUGAAAACAGUAAAAGCAGAUACCAGCAUGCAGACUCCUGUCAGCUUUCUCAAGAGGAUCCUGACGUGGUGUGGAAUGAACUGGCUUUUUUCAAAAGGGAACACAAAAAGCUGUUGAUUGAAAAACUGAAUCUUGAAGAAGAAUUGGAUCAGAUGAAAAUACACCAAUCUGUGGAGCCACUUCGUAAACUUAGUGAAGAUGAUGGGGUCAAAAAUAAUACUCCAGUGAAGAAUAUGAGAGAAGUUUCACAUCAGAUGUUACAGAAGUCUCAUUCACAGAGUAAAGACCUAGAAAAGUUACAUUCUGAGAGGAGGAAGAUCUGCCAUCUUAUAACGUCACAUCCAUCAAUUCUAAACAAAGUGAACAGAGCAAAAAGGAGAAAUAUCACCCUCCAGAAACCAGGCUGCACUGUUACUCUACUGCAGGAAAGAAUUAAGUCAUUGCAGAAGCAGAUAGCUGUUUUACAGAAUGAAAAAAAGACUGCAGUGGCUUCUGUGAAGGAGAUGAAAGAAACCAAUGAAAAACUAACAAAUCAGCUACAUUUGGCUAAUCAGAGAGUUCAAACUAGUAAACUGACCAUAGAGAUGUUGACCUCCAACCUGGCCAAGUGGCAACAGGAGAAGGAAGAUUUACAAGGAAAAUUAAAGUUGAGGGAACACCUGUCUCAAACUGCUGGCAAGAGUAAAGCCACACCAGCUCCUUCAAAGAACAUUGAUUUAGAGAUGAAACAGCUGCAGUGCAAACUAAAGAAUUCGAAUAAUGAAAUCACUAAGCAAUCAACCACCAUUAAGUCACUAAAAAACGAAGUCCAGGAAAAAGAAGAACGGAUUCAGGAACUACAAACUAAAAUUUCUCAUUUGGAGAGGGACGUUACUGUGAAAAGACAUUUGAUAGAAGACUUAAAGUCUCAUCUGAAAGCAAGUCAAGAAAAUGAGAAAACCUCAAAUGAAACACUGGAAAGUCUUGAGAAAAAGGUAAAGGCACUGGCUGAAGACUGUUCAGGAAAAAAAACUUCCAUUGACUCCCUGAAACAAAGACUUAAUGUAGCUACGAAAGAAAAGUCUCAGUAUGAGCAGAUGUAUCACAAGGCUAAAGAUGAGCUGGGGAAAAAGGAUCUCAAGCUUACCAAACUAGAAAGCAAAAUGAUUGAGACUGAACGUGCUAUGACUGAACUUGAGACUGCUGCUUCUGAUCAGCUACACAGCUUGGCUAAACAGAGUGCAGAGGCUUUGGAAACAUUACAGAAGAAGUUGCUGCUCACCAGUGAGAAAGUAGAAGAAUUCAAGACAUUUGUAAAGACUCUAAGCAGAGAGUUACAGCACAGCAUACAGGAGCUGAGAACAAAAAUCAGAAAGGCAAAAAAAAUGGGCGAGAUGAAAGCGUGUAAAAACUGUCUUUCCCAAGAGUCUGUUCAGUUGGCAGCAUCUAUCCUUAAUGUUUCAACAACUGAUCUUGAGGAGAUACUAGAUGUAGAAGAUGAAGAGGAAACAGCAAAGGCAAAAAUGGAAUUUGAAAAAGAUAAAGAAUGGCUGCAUCGUAUACAGAAACUUAUGGAAGCACAGGUUCUAUGCUCCCUGCCUGUCCUCUGAUUGAACCAUGCACAAGCAGCUGCACACACUCACCACUGCAACUCAUCACCAGGUGUUUCAAGUACCUGCACCUUAACAAGCAGCACCAGCGUAGUCUGAACCAUAUUGUAGGCACCAUUACAUUGAUAUCAGACCAUCAGAAAGUAACCAUGAUUCUGUUCUCACUACAAGACUAAGAGCUUAGUCCUGUGCAUUGACAAUCCACUACAGUAUAGACCUGUGUUUUAUCUCAUGGACACAAACAAAACCAUGUUACAUUACUUGUUCUGAACUGAAAACAAGGAGAAAUUGGCUUUAAUACUCAGAGUAAGACUAUAGACAGGCCCAUACAUAUUUAUAUAAUCAUGUAUAUACACUUUAUAUUCACAAAGCGGAAUAAGAACAAAGAAGACAAGAACAACAAUGAAGUGAAGCAUUUCUCUAAUUUUUAAUUUUUUUUUUAACUCUGACUUUUAUUUGAUGGUGAAAUUAGGAGGCUUUGGUUAUUGGUCUUAGUUUCUAGUUUUAUUUCAGAUGAUUUUUUUUGUAGUUCACUUAAUUCAAUUUAAAGCAGCUCUGCAGUGUGUUUGAAUAGUUUUCUUGGGCAAAUGUAUUAUAUUGAAAAUCCAUACGGGGAGAUUUAAAAUAGUGGUAACCACUAAUUUAUGUACUCCUAAAUUUAAAUACCUUUAUUUUUAUGAUAACACAUUUUAGACUUUGUAAAGCAGAAGACAAGUAAUGCUACACUCUGCGAAUGGAGACACUGUGUCUCAUUAGAACAACAACAUCGCCUUGCAUUCAUUAUAAGUCUUUUCACGGGCAAGUCUGUGUAUAUUUAUACAUUUGUGUUGAGGGAGACUCAGUCAUGUGGUGUAAGGUCGGUAAGUAUGACUAGUUUGUUUUUCCCAGAAGGGAUCUCCAAAAGAAGCAAACUUAAGGUCAGAAUAAAUAGGUGAGAGAAACCAUUAAUGCUUAGUGUUCAAUUAAAUGGAUUGUGUCACAGACAACUGUAAAGCAUUUGAAGGAAGUACCAUUGUGUAUUAAAAUAUCUAACUAUCGUGGUAUAAACAAAUUUUUAAUCUUUAGAUGUGCACUCAGCACUCACUGAACUUUCAAAGCCUUCCCCAAGCAUGUGGCAAGUUUGGAAGCUGGGAUGAAGACUUUAGAGUAGAGACAUCUUCAAUAGUUGUGAAGUUCUGUAGAAAAAUGUAAAGGAAAGCUUCCCAGUAUAGUUACAGAGCCAUCAUUAAAAGUAAAUCUUACAGGCUUCUAUUAAAGAUGAAGACUGUAGAGGUCAUCCAGUUCUCGGUGUCUGUAUGGAAAGAAAACCAGAUAGAAACAUACAGCACUUUCUCCGAAAACAACAAAUGUUGAAAGAAUGACAUAAUGUUCCACUUUCAAAUGCUCUUGAUUUAAAUUAAUCGUUUAAAUGGAAAGGGUUCUUGAAAUAUCACUUUGCUAUGACAUGGAAGCCACAGAGAGAAGUGAGCAGCAAGUAAAAUGUAGCUAGAAUUAUAUGAGCCAGAGACAUCAAUAAGAAACCAUUCAUCUCAGGCACAACAUUAAGGAGGUGAAAUCUAUCAGAAAUGAAUGAAGUCAAGCUAGGCAAGAAGAAUUAGAGACUUUGAGGAAAUGAUAUAGUGUUCUCGUAAAAAACAUAUUUAGACAGAGAGAGCAAUUAGAGUGAACAGGAUGCUGGAGUCUGUUUUUAAAGCAUGGUAGCAAGUGAGUCUCACAGAAUGUCAGGUAAGAUUAUGUCUUAUAUUACGCUGAAUAGAUUUGUACUCAGUGAAUUCGAUCCCUCUAUUCCCCAAAAAGUAAUCACAAUAGCACACAGGAGAAAGCUGACAGGUGUAGAUGACUACUAGAAAAUUCUUACCAUAGGCAUAAGUUAUUUAUGACAGACAGAGACAUGUCUGGCCAGAAGUACCAGCCCUUUAAAACUCCCUUUCCCGUAGAAAAGAGAAAUAAUGUGUAUUAUUGUCCUUUUUCUGUAACUACAAAGUGACUGUUCAGCAACAGGAUUGCCAUUGUAGACACUCCACAAUGGAUGAUUGCUAUUAAUAAGAUUUUCCUUGCUGCCAUUUUAGACUUGUUUUCUGACUUUUUUUUCUAAUUUAGUAAUUAAAAAUAUCAGUAUAUAGAGUCAUAUAUGUAUAUCAGUUCACAUAUUACAUCAGCAUUUGUAUUUUAUGUUGUUUUGUGUCUGGGGUUUUAUUGUUUCUUUUAUAAUUUUUGUUUCUUAUAUCUAGGAAACAGGCAGUACUCUAUCUGGUGUAGGUACUAUACAAUUUUCUCUUUAAAAUGGAAUAGAGAAGUGAAAAAUUAAAAUGAGAGCAGCAGCACUGAAGUAUGAAACUAGACAGGAGUUCUAGAUGAAAAAGUGUUGCAUUCAACUACAGUUGUAAAAAGCAUAAGCUGGUGAUUGGCUUGUUUCACCAAAUGUAAUAUUUUACCUAAUUUUUUUCUGGUGGCCUUAUUAAGGUAAAAUUCUCUCUCCUUCUGAUAUGAGAAAAAGCUGUUACUUCUCCUGUGGAACUGAUUCCUCAGUCACCACUGGUCUCACCAGGAGUUCAAGGAAGCUGACAGAGCUCUGUGAAGCUGAUGGAGACUUUUCACCAGCAAAUGAAAACUACCCUGCUCUCCUCUGUGGCACAGCACUGGCCACUCUUCCAGUGGAGCUGCCAUGACCAGUGUUCUGUACCACCUUUAAAAAUACUUCCCAGCAAACAGUGAAUUGAUGUAUCAAGACUGUGAAAGAAAACCUCUUUAGGCAUUAAGGAGAUGACACUGAAAAAUAUACCAAAUAUCUUUCUUCUGAGGCAUUGGUUGUGCAAAUACAUCUCUUAUACAGAGGAGUUAUGAAAGAGGUUUUCAUUUUUCUCUGUAGAUAUCACACAAUCACAGAAUAUGCUGAGUUGGAAGGGACCUACAAGGAUCAUCAAGUCAAAGCCUUAACCCUACAUAGGACCACGCCCAAGAGUCACACCAUGUGCCUGAGAGUAUCAUCCAAACACUUCUUGAACUCUGUCUGACCACUUCCCUGGGGAGCCUGUUUCAUUACCCAACCACCCUCUGGGUGAAGAACCUUUUCUUAAUAUACAAACUAAACCCCCCCUGACACAACUUCAGGCCAUUCCCUCGGGUCUUGUCACCAGUCACCACAGAGAAGAGAUCAGUGCCUACCCCUUCUCUUCUCCUCAUGAAGAAGCUGUGACUGCAGUGAGGGCUCCCCUCAGUCUCCUCUUCUUCAGGAUACAAUUUUUUGGUAUUACGUUUUAGAGAGGCAGACAUUUGUGGCAUAUUCCAAUUAAUGCAAUUGAAGGCUUGAGGUUUUAUUUUGCUUUGAGUGUUUUUUUGUGGUUUUGGUUUUUGUGGGGGUUUUUUGUUGUUUGUUGUUGCUGUUUGUUUUGUUUUGGUGUUUUGGUGGUGGUGGUGGUUUGGAGGUUUAGGUUUUGGGGUUUUUUUUUUUAUUUACAAGUUUUCAUGUGGGAGUCAAAGGCAAUUGCCACAGCACUGAGAAUUAUACUGGUAGUUCUGUCUCAACCUCCUGAGAGUAGUGAACAUACACUCAUACACUACCAUUUCUGCAUGCCCUAGAGGUGACUGUAACCUUUUAUUGAUCAACUGAUUGAAGAUAAAUGACAGAGAUGCUGGUACUGCAGUUUACAUCAUUAACAUGGUCAGUAAAGCAUGAAUUGUUCAAUAAGGAGUUUAUCUUUUUUCAUUUUACUCUGCUCUUAUAUCAUUUUUAUGAUAGAGAGCAAAUUUUCACACACUAACCGGGCAGAUGAACUUUAAAGAUCAGAUAUGUCUGUGUGUGGUAAUUGUCAGAACUAAGUGGAAUCUGAUAGUUUAAAGAUAUUUAAUAAAUGUCUUUCACAUGAAGAAAAUGAAGUCCAAUGAUAAUUUUUCUUAUUGUGUUUCUUUUUCAGUUUCCUUUUUCCUCACAUUUAAUGGAUGUCGUACUGGAAAAACUAAAUGAGAAGAAGAAACUGUUAGAAGAGUACAGUUCUCUCAUGAAGCACACUAUAUGAUAUUGCUAAGACCUAUCUUUGCAAAGUGUGUCUUACCUCUUCACAUAAAGAACUGUCAAUAUGCAUGUUCAAUACAUACAUAGAACCCGUGAAUUAAUUAAUUGUUGAACAAGAGGAAUUAAUUCAAUUCCUAUUAGGAAGCAGUGUGGUAUUUGAUUUCUGAAGACAGAAAUUGCUUCAACUCAAUGCAAAGUUCAAAAUUAUUUUUCUUUAAAUGCAUUGGCAGUGAACACUAGUGCAGGCUUUGUAGAGAGAAGAUGUUUUUGUUAUGAUUAAUACACAUCUGUACAAUUUUGAAAGCACAAAAAGCAGCUAAGUAACACCUGGUUGUACUAAUCAGAACAGUAGAAGUAGGAUUUACAGAGGAACUGGGAAUAUCAUUGGGAUUUUGGUUACCUAAUUUCUUUUAGCUUCUUUGUAAAGCCCAGCCUUAUGAUAUGAUCUACAUAAAAAGAUAUGCCUUUUUAUGUUGGAAAAAAUGAAUGAUUGUAGAAUAAAAAUAUUCUGUGUGAAGUAAUACUCACGGGAAAACUGGAUUUCCUUCUGAGUAUAUUGGAGUAUAAUGUGUGCAAUGUAUUUAAAAAAAUUCAAUACAAUUAA